AUGGCGGCGGCGGGGCGCUGGGGCUGGGGCUUGGGCGGAGGGCCCCGCAGGUGGUCUCGGCCGCCGCUGCUCUGGAUACUACUGUUCGCCUCUUUGGGGUCCGGGGUCGGAGCUACCGUAGCCCGGCUAUACAGCGCCAGCGGCGCGGACGCCGUGUGGGCGCUGGACGCCGGGAGCGUGCGCGCGGCCACGGGCAACAGCUCAGCCGCGUGGCUGGUACAGUUUUACUCUUCGUGGUGCGGCCACUGCAUCCACUACGCGCCCGUGUGGCGGGCCCUGGCGCGAGACGUGCGAGACUGGGCUUCUGCCAUUAGAGUUGCUGUCCUGGAUUGUGCUGCAGAAGAGAACUAUGACACCUGCAGAGACUAUGGUAUUCAUUUUUACCCAACUUUUAGGUAUUUUAAAGCAUUUACAAAAGAGUUCACAACUGGAGAAAAUUAUAAAGCAGGAAUUGAUAGAGAACCACAGACAGUAAGGCAAACAAUGAUUGAUUUCCUUCAGAAUCACACCCAAGGAAACAGACCUCCUGCUUGUCCAUCUUUGGAUCCUGUUAUGUCCAGUGACAUUUCUCCUCUCUUGGAAAACAGUGGUGGUCGUUACAUUGCUAUUUUGUUUGAAAGCAAUAACUCAUAUGUUGGACGAGAGGUGAUGUUAGACUUGAUUCAAUACAAAAAUAUUGUGGUAAAAAGAGCGCUGAAUUCUGAUAAGGCAUUUCUCAAGAAACUUGGUGUUACUUCAGUCCCUUCAUGUUACCUGAUUUAUCCAAAUGGGUCUCAUGGAUUAAUUAACAUUUUGAAGCCUCUUCGUUCUUUCUUCUCUUCCUAUUUAAAGUCAUUACCUGGCGUGAGAAAAAAAAUGCUUUCACCAUUUCCAUUUACAGUAAAACCAAACAAAGAUGACAGUUCUGAGAUCACAGUUUGGAGAGAAUUCGAUGAGUCAAAACUUUACAUGGCUGAUCUUGAGUCAGGGUUGCAUUAUCUCCUUCGAGUGGAGCUUGCUGCUCAUAAGACACUGGAGGGAGCUGAGCUGAAGACCUUCAGGAAUUUUAUUACAGUCAUUGCAAAGCUAUUUCCUGGCCGCCAACCUGUGGUAAAAUUAUUGGAAACUUUACAAGAGUGGUUGGUCAGCCUUCCUCUGGACAAAAUCCCUUACAAUGCAAUCUUGGACCUGGUCAAUAACAAAAUGCGGAUUUCUGGAAUAUUUCUAACUAAUCAUGUUAAGUGGGUUGGAUGCCAAGGAAGCCGACCAGAGUUAAGGGGUUAUACUUGUUCUCUUUGGAAACUUUUUCAUACUUUAACCAUUCAGGCCGUUGUUCGUCCAAAAGCUCUGGCCAACACAGGUUUUGAAGAUAAUCCCCAAGUAGUUUUGCAAAUUAUGAGACAGUACCUUGAGACAUUUUUUGGAUGUAGAGAAUGUGCUCAACAUUUUGAAGAAAUGGCUAAAGAAUCCAUGGACUCAGUGAAAACCCUGGACCAAGCAGUCCUCUGGUUAUGGAAGACACACAACAUAGUAAAUAACAGGCUAGCAGGCCAACCAAGUGAAGAUCCCAAAUUUCCAAAGGUUCAGUGGCCAACACCAGAUCUCUGCCCAGGUUGCCAUGAGGAAGUUAAGGGCCUGGACAGCUGGAAUGAAGUACAAGUUCUAACAUUCUUGAAGCAUCAUUAUGGCAUCGAAAAUAUUUUAAAUAAGUACACUGAAGACCAGGAUGAGCCUAAUGGAAUAGUAGUAGAGACCAAACAGGAAUCAAAAGGAGAUGUUGUUCUGAAGAAACAAAAUGGAGAACAAGAGUUGAACCUGGAUUUGCCAGAUAUUUUGGAUCCUAAAUCUCAUAUUUUAGAUAAAUUAAACAAUAGACCUGACAGAGAUAAAAUUGAACAUCCAUAUGAAUCUAAGAUUCAUAAAGAGAACAAGCAGUCUGGAUCUUUCUUAGGGACUGGUUUUUCCAACAUUGACAUGAGCCUUUGUGUUCUGUUAUAUAUUGCAUCAUCUGUCUUUUUAAUGAUAAUGUACUUUUUUUCCCGAAUGAGAUCCAAGUGGUGGAAAGUAAAGUAUUAUCGCUCACCAGUAUAAAACAUUUUUAAAAAAUUAUUAUUAUUAUUGUUGAUAAAUCAGAGACUAAGUUUCUUUGUAAAUGGCAAAUCAUCAGCACCCGAUGCAGCUUUAAUAUUUAUGAUCAGGGAUUUUCUGCCAUGGUAGAAUUGGGUUUCCAACUAUAUUUUCCUCAUUCUAUAGUCAAUCACUCAUCAUAUGAAUGUCCUGUCUUGCAAAAAAAAAAAGUAUUGGAUCCAUCUGUGGCAUUACUUGUGUAGUACAUAGCAUUCAAUAUUUGCAUCUUUUAUGGACCUAUAAUAUAAAGAACUAUUCUUCUUUAUUCACUUCCAUAUUUUAGAAAGAAAAAAUUAAAUAUUAUCCCACAUAUUUAAAAUAAGCUUUCUACAUCCUAAAUUUCCUGGACAUUAUGUCUUUUUGCUGCUCAUUUGCCAAGACUUUGUUUUUGUAUUUGGAGAAACACAUAUUGAUAUUUUCAAGGGUAACAGUUCAAGCAUUUCUUGGUCCAUUUUAUGGUACAGACUGCAUAUUGGUAAGAGAAGACUGUCAGGGUAAACUUUCAUUUUUCUGGAUGCUUAAAAUCACCUCUAAGAUGAAAGUUCCUUGAAGCAUAUUACGUUUUGGGUAAUUUCAUUAUCCUCUGUGGUUUUUACCCUCUGGGUUGUUCCCACAUAAACUAAAGAGAACUCUCACUAGAGAUAGAGCAUAAAACCUGAAAAACGAACAAGAUCAUGUUUCAGUUAUAAUUGUGAUUCUUGGGAAAGUAGAAGAGUCCUCAUUAUUCCCAUGCUUUGAAGAUUGCAGAUAGUAAUUUGGUCUGGAAGUCAUUUGAGUUGGGGAUAGUUUUUUUUUAUUUAAAUAAAUUUCAAGUAAAAACACAGAUAACAAAUUUGUUUUAUGAAAGAGCAGAACCCUUCCUCACUUCAUUCUUUGAGUUUAAAUUAUUUGGAUUCAGAAGAAAGAUCUUCAAAGGCAUGAUUCUAGGUGGGUGUUUUUUUUUUUUCAACCUGUUCAUAAGAAAUAUGUGGGCAAGUGAAUGCUUUUAAGGUCUCUCCAUCCUGUGAUUGUCUGCUUUGUAUGAGUGGAUUCUGUCUUGCCUGGAUUCUGCUCAUGUUCAGUAAUAAUGUUAAUGGAAUAAAGAGUUAUUAUUACAGUG